GCUGCUCUUGGCUUCCUGUUUACGCGGGCCACUCGGCUCCUGGCCGGAGGAACGGGCUUUCGCACUCGCCCGAUGAUGGGACUGUCCGGCGGCGCCCUGAGCCGCUGCCCCGGGGCCUAGCCUGGGCCUCGCCGCCUCCCGACCGACCCCGGCCAAGGGUAAGAAGAGGCUCGAGUGGCUGCGGCCACCUCCCCCCUCCACCACCACCACCACCACCCGGGCCCGGGGGCAGCACUGGAAGCCGGAGCGGCCCGCCGAGCCAGCCUUUUGUUUGCAAAAAGGUGAUACUUUGGUGCUGUUUAAAGAGUUCCACAUUUUAGAACGUGCAACGAUGAAGGAACUGCAGUAUGUUUUCAAGUCAGGAUAGUGCACGAAUUAAAGGGGAACUUGCAGGUGGUGGCGUUCCAAGUGGCUGCACUCCUCUUGUCCUCGACGUGAAAGGUCAUGGCAUUCGGAGGUAUUGAUGCAGAAGCCACGAGAUGCAAAUGGAAUUGAAUCAUCAACAAAAAGCCUACGAUGGCUGAGUUGUUCCAGGAUUUCUGGCAGUUUUCCCUUGGUCCAUGGGACUAUGACUGCACUGGACCCACUGGUCUUUGGACACCAUGAAGGCAGUUGCCCACUUGUUGCUUAGCAGAUUGGACAGACCAACGCAUCUUGCCCAGCGUGGAAUCAUCAGAAGUCCAGGAUCAAGACCUUUGUUUCGUCUGGGGAAACAUUUUUCCAAUGUGAGCCCAUUCAACAUGACUGAGUGUUGGGAGGAGCACCCAGCUGCCCCACCCCUGGUGGAGAACUGCAUUCCCCAGAGUAAUGAGCGAGCCCUCGAGUUUGCGAUUGUGUUCCCAGCCGACGCAGCCCUGCAGCAACAUCAGCCCUUGUCAGCUGAGUGCUCCCAAAAAUGCAACAUGUGCGGCCAGACCAUCACACAGCUCUCCGAGCUUCAGCAGCACCCGUGCUUCGUUAACAUGAAUCGCUUCUUCCAGUGCGCCCAGUGCCAGAAGACAUUCAGCCAGUCCACCGACCUCUUGCAGCACCAGUGCGGGCAAGUGGAGGAGAAGCCCUUCAUCUGCCAUGUCUGCAAAAUGGGCUUCUCCCAGCUGCUGGCACUGGUCCAGCACCAGAACGUACACAACGAGAACAACCCCUUCAAGUGCACCAUCUGCGGCGAGAACUUCCAGCAGUCCUCGGAGCUCUUCCUGCACCAGAGGGCUCACAUUGAAGACCAACCCUUUGAGUGCACGGUCUGCAAGAAGAAAUUCAAGGACUCUUCAGAGCUGGUCGCUCAUCAGCAGUUCCAUGCACCCGAGAAGCCCUUCAAGUGUAGCGUUUGCCAGAAAGGCUUCAAGAAGUCCUCGCAGCUGGUGCGCCACCAGUACAUCCACGGUGAGAAACCCUUCAAGUGCUCUGCCUGCGAGAAGGCCUUCCGGCACGCCUCGGAACUGCAGAGGCAUCAGCGGGUGCACACUGGAGAGCGGCCCUUCAAGUGCACCCAGUGCGACAAGACCUUCAGCCAGUCUUCGCACCUGGCCCACCACCAGCGCAUCCACUCGGGCGAGCGGCCCUAUGACUGCAGCGUCUGCCACAAGAGCUUCAAGCAUCGCUCGCACCUCGUGCGACACAUGUGCGUGCACGCCGGCGAGGACAUGUUCAAGUGUGUCAUCUGCCACGUGGGCUUCAAGCAGCCGGGGGAGCUCUUGCAGCACCAGUGCACGACGGACAGCGAGCGUCCCUACAAGUGCAGCCAGUGCCCCAAGACCUUUAAGCGCGCAUCCUACCUCCAGCACCACCAGCGUGUUCACUCGGGGGAGAGGCCUUUCAAGUGCACAACGUGCCAGAUGAGCUUCAAGCAGCUGUAUGCACUGGUCCGGCAUCAACGCACCCAUACGGGAGACAAACCCUACAAAUGCACUGUGUGCGACAAGGGCUUCAGCGAAUCCUCGCACCUCCUCUACCACCAGCACAUUCACACUGGAGAGAGCCUCUUCCAGUGCACAGGAUGCCAGAAGGGCUUCAAAGACUCCUCGGAGCUCUUGCGACAUCGGUGUGCCCGUGUGGAGGGCAAGCCCUUCAAGUGCACUGUGUGUCAGAAGGCCUACAAGCGAGUCUCUGCCCUGCAGCUUCAUGAGGCGACCCAUGUCGAGGAGCGACCAUUCAAGUGCAACGCCUGUGAGCGGCGCUUUGCAUGCUCCUCCGAACUGGUAGAGCACCCGUGCCGUCCCGCUAAGGAGAAGCCCCUCAAGUGUAGCGACUGUGAGAAGCGGUUCAAGUACUCGUCAGACGUGGAGCGGCAUCGGCGUGUGCACACCGGGGACAAACCUUUCAAGUGCAUCACUUGUGACAAGGGCUUUAAGCAGAAGGAGCACCUGAUAAAGCACCAGAAUGUCCACGCCAGAGAGAAUCAGUGUAAGUGCACAUGGUGCGGGGAGAGGUUUACAGAGCUGAGCUAUCUACAGGAGCACUGCCUUCAACACACAGCGGAAAACUCCUUUGAAGGUUCUGCUUGUGGACAGUGAUUUUUUUCUUUGCUUUGGAAGUCUGAUCUUAGCUAAGCUUGUACAAACUGUGGUACAGAUAGAUCUGUACGAGUUCACAGACGGUGCUGGUCCUUAUGGCAGAGUGUCCAAGUUUCACGGGCUUUAUGUAAUGUAUGCAUUGGAGUCCCAAGGUCCUCCAUCCCUCCAUAAAGUUUCAUAACUCUGUUGAUACCAGUAGAUCUUGGUUAUCUGACUUAGGAUUUAUCCACCAAUAAAGUUUCCCAACUCCCAGAAAUAAAAGAGGGCAAACCAGCAAGUUGGAUAUAGAAGAGCAAAUAGAAACAUGCUGGUCAGAUUGCCAGGCUUGUGGGGUGCAUGUGACCAGAGUUCAGAUACUUCCAUCUUAGCAAUGAUCUUGAUCGCACCAAAUUUUUUCCAGUGACCUGUAAACCAUAUGGUUUAGUGAUCGGGUUUUUGUAUCCCUUUAUGCCUGUCCCCUGUUAAAAAUGGAUAGGCUGAUAGUUAAAAGUUAGUGCUACAAUACACUUUUUUUUGUGUAUGACAACACUGGAGAGCGCCUUCUUUCUCCUCUCUGCCCAACAUAGCUUUGCAAGUUAUGUUGCAGUUGGUCUUCUGUGACUUUCACAUAUGUACACAAUGUCCCUUCCUUUCACACACACAGUGAUCAGUUGAGGAGUUGGGAGACAAAUAAAACUGCAGAUGUUGGGAUCUGAAAUAAAAACAGAAAUGCUGGAAGAACUCGGCCAGUCCAACAGCAUCUGUGGAAAGAGAAACCAGUUACAUUUUUAUACCCGCAAUGUUAACUGGUUUCUCUUUCUACUGAUGCCGCUUGACUGGCUGAGUUCUUUUGAUGUUUCUGUUUUUUGUAAGAAAUUGGAGGUUGUUUUCAUUAACAUGGAUCCAAAAAUGAGUGUGAACAUCUUUGUUGUAAUAAAACUGUAAUGUGGAAAGAAGCAUUUGUGCGUUUUCAGAUUGCAGAGUUGUAAGACAUGGGAGUAUAUAUUAGCACCAUUGUUUUCCUACAAUGGCAGUAGUGCCAUCCUUUCAUGCUGCAAAGCUUUUCCAUGCAAGUGUCCGAUCACAUUCAAAGGUUUAGAAAAACUCGAUUACCUUGGUCUACUGCCUUCUGUUUAAACUUUCCUGGUAACUAGGACCACAGGCCAUAACUGAACUCAUCCUAAUCCUGGGGAUCUCCUUGCCCACAGUUCCGUGUUACUGCUGAUCCACUUUUCCUGGUGGAAAGUUCCUUUCCCUCAAGUCUUGCUUGACUGAUGUGAAAAUGAAAGAAAUGGGAUGUAAUAGGUAAAACAUAUUUUAUUACAUCUUGAGCUACCUAAUUUGCUUACGUAUUCUUGCCCAGCAGGCCUGGGGGCUUGGAGUCAAGGCAGCAUCUUUCUACCAGGUGCCAGCCAAUGUUGCUGUGCAGGUGGCUGCCAGGAGGUGUGUUAAUAUGUCUUUCAACUAUGCCUUUUCCCUGUUGCCAAGUCCAUGGCCCUUGUGCAUCCCCACAGAAAACAGGAGCAAGCGACUUAAACAGAGUAAUUUAAAUGCACAAUUUUCUAUGAUGUGGCAUAGCUCCAGUGUCCCAUGCAAUUGUGCUCACUUGGGUUACAAUUGCUACUAGUUGCACCUUAAAGGAAAUAUGUAAAUUGUUUCACACCCAGCUUAAUAGUUCUCGAGCAAAAACUGAACUGAAAUAUUUUCUUAAAUGGAUUAGAUUCCUCAACAGUAACCAUUAGAUGAAAAUUUAUCUGCGGUUGAGUGUUUUAUUAUAUUGAAACCUGCAAGUUAAGUUUGGGCUUUGGUUUGGAUCAGGUUGAUGGGACAUGUACUGAGGAGACAGUUGUGUCUCUGGCCUGCAAAGGGGUUAUCCACCCAUAGACUACAAUAGUUGGAGCAUUGUGAAUUAUUUUCAGAAUUCUAUUGCAAAUGUGUAAUUAAAAAUAGAUUUUAAUUUAUGUAUUUUAAAGUAGCUUGAAAACUAGUGCUACAUUUUCACUGCUGCAACCUGUUAGAACUUGAGUUCUGUUUGUCUUUAUUUUUGGUUGUAUCAGCUUUGGUGACAGAAAGAUGGGUUUAUGUGCAAGUUUUUCAAAAGCACUAGUUUUAACAAGAAUGUUUGAUAUAAAUGUCCUUGUCAUAUUGGAAAGGGAACCACAAACAGUUUUUUUUAUGGGUUUUUUGCCAUUUCAACGUCUACAGUCUGAAUAUAACACAGGAUGGAUGUGAAGUUAUGGACACAGCAGAGCUCGAAUGACAAGUCUCCUUUGAAAAUGAACCUGCACCACAGAAAGUUGGGCAAGAAGUCAGCCAAACGUGACCUAUCACCUUAAAUGACUGCAGUCUUUACAAAGGUGGACUUUUGAUGAGAAGAGUGGUAUGUUUUGCCAGUUGAAUCAAGGCUGUUGUCGUUUUGUGUCAUCUCCAUUUUGUAAGCACUAACAGUUUGCUAAUGCAGAUGCUAAAAUGAAAAGCAGAUUAAUAAAAAAUGAGUAGAAUUAAUAUACUGUCUUAUCAAAAUAGUUUCAAGCUGCCUAUAGGAUGUCUCCACGGUUACCAGUGUUUUUAGGAAUGUAAAAGAGCUGUCUUUCCUGCUGUUGCGCAUGGCUAAUUGCAGAAAAUGGGAUUGUAGUUAAUCUACAUCCUUACUGAGUGUAAAGAGAGUAUCUGAUUGUAAGCUGUCGAGUAGGAAACUGAGUGCAAACUACAUAGCAUGUUAACUCUCAAUUCCGUUGGCUUACCAUUGAAUAUUCUCAUACCACAAGUGUGAUGUGUUUUUAAAAGAAGUGUCACAGAAAGUUGUUUUUUAUUUUAUUACAAAUCAAUUUUAUUUUGUCUGGGCUACCAUAGAUACAAGAUGACAAGUAAUUUACUUUCAGGGUUCAGAUGACACCAUAAACCAAACGAUUGAUGUAAUCAGAGCCCAGAGAAUGAAUUGCAGCCUGAUACUCUUGCCACUUGUAAUUUUUUAUUAAUAUACAUAGUCUUAAUAAAAUUAAAUCAAUGCUAAUGAAAUUUAAUGGUGCUGACUGAUAUGAUUACUGCAGAAUGACAUUUGAUUCACAGGAAACUAUAAUAAAGCAACUUUGCAGUUCUCAAGGAGAAUGAUAAGGGAAUUGAUUUUGGAACCAGCUGUGGAGAUCAAUUCCUUUUUAAGUGGAUAAUGUUAGAUUUGGACCAUAAUCAUGUUUCUCAAUUUUUAAAAUUAUAAUUAUCAUCAGUUUUAUAAUGGUUCUAAUUGAACAUAAGCAACAGGGUGGUGGUGUUCAACUCUUCAUGUAAAUUCUCUUCACAGUUACUUAUUGGUGUCAUGGUCAAACUGAUCUUUCUCUUAGUUCCAAUUUGCAAAUGUUAUUUCCUUUGACUUUUCUUCAGACGUAGCUAUUUGACAGACCCAAUAUGAAUAAAUCUUACCAGGAAACUGUAUCUUUAGUCAUGCCAAUCUCUACUGAAGAUGGCUGAGUCAUCCCUGAUCCCAGCUCAGUCUUUAAUUUAGCAAUUUCAUUUGUUUUUUUUAAGAGUAGAGAUAUUAACUCUUGAAUUGUCCUACAAAAACUCUCCUUUAUAAUGCAUCAUUACACAUGUUCCCUUCAUGU